GUUGAGUGUAAGAAGUGCGGGGACGAUUUCACGGCCAGAGCACCAGGCAAAGGCGAGCAACAAGGACUGAAAUUGCUUAAAGCGGACGGUUCGAACUAAGAAAGCCGCGCGAUUCCCGCAGUGGCGGAUGUGGUGCUGCAAUGCGGACCUCCGUAUUUGGCCUUCUUGCAGCCUGUUCGCGAACAGGAGACGAUAUUGCACAAGGACAGUAAACCUCUGGUUCUCGUACACAUCAACGUCAAAAGUCAACUCCACCGGCUUCUACUGCUCCUCUAGAUGAGACGCAGACAGUCACCGACGUAUUUUCUUCAUCGAGACCCGGAUGCACAACGGCCUCAUCCUCGUCCUCGUCUGCGCAUGAUAGUUACCUCCGAGCUCCCGAGCGGAUGGCACUCGCCCUAUCGAUAGAGGCGUCGCGAAUGUCGAAGACUCAUCCAACUGGUUUUUCGGGAGGCUUCACGGCAGCAUUUUUUACAGCCCUUGCCCUACGUGGUGUGCCGGUGGCAAACUGACCCCGAUGCCUCCUGCAAGGCGGCAUUCCCUCUGUGCGGGGAUACAUAGCGGACGGCGAGGGACCGCGAUCACGGCAUGUGAAGGAUGCUGAGGCCGCUUUCACCAGCAAAACCGGUAAUGAUUUCCUUCUUAAAUGGACAUGGAGAUGCGUCAACUGCCAGGAGCGACGAAAGCAAAUAGCGCAUCGCAAGUACAAGAAGCAGAUAUGUCUUCUUGUUCGGAAACAACUUCUGCAACUUCACAUCGAAUUCGCCUGGAUGCAGAGCUCGAUAAGAUUGCAACUAUGGAUAAGUUGUAUGCUGAAAUCGCGAAAAAUUCGUUCAACACAAGCGGCAAAUUUCCUGGCAGCUGUGGCCUUUCCGCUGUGAUGAUUGCCUACGCCGGUUAUCCACAACCUUCUCCGACGGAGAAACUGCCUCAGAAACCAGAAAAACGCAGCGCUGUCUAUAAGACUUUGGUAGUGGUACAGAGAGCGGCACUGCACCGAGGUGACUCCGAUUCCACCGGCAGCAUCGCUCUUUCGUGGUAUGGUGGUCUCUUUAGUUUCCAAGGGGUACCGUCAGCACAUUGCACCGGCAUCGAAUACGCUGGUCGCUGCCGAAAUGUAACACUACGAUUGUCAAAAAUACUCGAAAGACUGGAAAAAAACACUAACUAAAGUUAUGAUUGGAAAAUGACUAGCAGGGAAAAAACUUCAAAUGGUAUGUCAGCAACAGCAAGAACUCCACCAAUCCAAACGGCAAGCAAAUUACGAUUUUGAGCGGCUUAGAAGGCAAAGGAUGAACAAAUACGGGAUCUCUGUCACUCCAACCAGAUUGAGAAGAAGAAUGCGUGUCUAGUAAUGAUCGGGUGCUCAGUUCUGAACUAAAAAACAGAUUCUGCAUUUCAGGUGCUGCUCACAGAUGAAUCGUCCAACGAGUGCAACCACAUGACCAUCUUAACUACAAGACCAAAUGAAAUACCGAUACUCGUCCAGAUAUGGAUGAAUUCCAAUCAAUCAUGUUGUGCUGUAGCACUACAGCCACCGCGUCAGCGCGAAAGAAU